CCUCCGGUACCGUCCAUGCUGCAGCCCCGCGUCGCCGUUGUACUCAACGUGCCUCAGCCGUGGCAUCCCUGGCUCUUCGCCCUGCGCCUCUGCUCCAUCCUGCCGGCCCUGUGGUGGGGGUUGCCCUCGUUGCUUCGCUUGCUCCUAUACUUCCUGCCGGGGCCGCCGGAUCAAUUCAUGCUUCCUCACUUCGAAAGGCACUCGACAGGCAAGCGAACUAACAAUCAACUUGUUUGGUACAGGCUCAUCAACUACACCCCCCAAGCCACCGUUGUGCGCCUCCUCUCGAUCAACGCCGUAAACGCGUACCUCACUCUCAAUGUGCUAUCCAUCACCGGCGGCUUCCAAGACCCUCGAUUGCUCCUCCCCGGCUGGGUCAGCAUAGCAACUUCCCUAACCAUCUGCUACCACGUCACUCACCAAAAGAUCAACAUUCGAAAGGAGACAAUCACAUCGGUCAACGUCUUUUCGAUAGCGAGUUACCUGACGAUGAUUGUGCUGCUGGCUCACAUGCAAAUGUACCAGCCCGACUACCCGACAAUGCCCAUUGUGACGACGACCAACCGCCUGUGGCAGAGUGGAAAGCGACUUGUGGCCAGUAUACAAGGCGCCGCCCGUUGA